AAACCGAUUCGAUUUUGGCUAAUAUUUGGGUCUCUAAUGGCAGUGACUUGCUUAACAGCUGUGGACAUGACAAUUAUCAGUACAACUCUUCCAACAAUUGUUGAAGAACUACCUGCUUCAAAUAUCUCCGGCUCUUGGGUUACAUCAUCCUUCUUAUUGACAACUACCGCUUUUCAACCUUUCAUGGGCGGUUUGUCGGAUGUGGUCGGAAGAAGGAUUGCGAUUGUGAUAGCAGUUUUAUUGUUCAUGGGAGGAAGUGCCCUUGCUGCAAAAGCUGAAACGAUGCUCAUCUUGGUUAUUGGUAGAGGUGUUCAAGGAGUCGGAGGCGGUGGAAUUCAAACAAUAGCAGAAAUCGUUCUAUCCGAUUUGACAACUUUGCGCGAACGUGGAAUCUUUGUCGGUUUGGUCAGUCUAAUAUUUGCUGUUUCAACUUUUAUUGCACCAGUCUUAGGAGGGUUCUUUAGUGAACACAAUUGGAGGUUGGUAUUCUGGAUCAAUUUGCCAAUCGGUGUAGUAGCCUUGGCUCUCAUCAUACCAACUAUGAAGCUCAAAACGCCUACUAUGCCUUUCUGGGCCAAGAUUCAUCGAAUGGAUAUCGGUGCAAAUUUGAUCUUAUUGGCUUCUGUAGUAGCAAUCUUGGUCGCUUUGACCGAAGGAGGAAUCACGCAUCCAUGGUCUUCCUGGCGUAUCUGGGUACCAUUCACUACCGGCUGGCUUGGGAUGAUUCUAUUCUUCGCAAUCGAAUUUAUUCCCAAUCGAUUCUCUCCUGAUCCAGUCUUGCCAAAAAGGUUGUUCGCAAAUCGAACUGCAGCGACUUGCUUUUUGAUGACAUUCGUUCAUGGCCUGCUUACUUAUGGAUUGAUUUACCUUUUACCAAUCUAUUUUCAAUCUGUCAAAUCUGCCUCUCCUUUACAUUCGGCCGUUCAAAUCUUUCCAGCAACUGCUCCCGGUCCAUUUUCCGCAAUUUUAGCAGGUAUUUUAAUGGCAAAUUCCGGCAAGUAUAGAAUGCAAAUUUGGAUUUGGUGGUCAAUCACUUUGGCCGGAUGUGGAUUGUUAUGUCUCUUGGAUUCAAAUACGCCAACAUAUCAAUGGGUUCUCUUUCAACUCGUUCCGGGUUUUGGUGUUGGUGCUUUGUUCACUCUUACUUUACCGCCAAUUCAAGCAAGUUUACCCGUUGAAGAAUUAGCACAUGCAACCGCCACUUUUGCAUUUUGCAGAAGCUUUGGAAGCGUUUGGGGAAUAGCAUUAGGAACAAAUGUUUUCAUUAGCGUCGUCAAUACCAAGCUCUCACAAAUUCAAGGAUUAGCAGAAUUUGGCUUGAAUGGAACAACCGCUUUGGGUUUCACUACGAAUUUGCAAAAGUUACCUGAACAAUUCCAACUUCCUGCUCAGAACGCAUUCAUGUCUGCUAUUCGAACUAGCAUUUAUGUCUUUUGCCCUGCUGCUUUUAUUGGGCUGUUGAUCAGCUUCUUUAUCGAUGAAUUGCCCUUGCCAGAUUUCAAUGAAAGU